CAUCUUGGAUUUAGUUGUGUGAUGAAGAGGAAAAAAGAGGAAAGAAAAGAAGAAAUUGCAGAAUUUUCUGACCCCAAGAUAAAAACCCGGACCGGAUUAAUAAAUGUCCCAUACACGUGCCAUGUUUCCCCGAUUCGGAAUAGUGCCGUUUGCUUUCCGCGGGCAACGGAAACCCGGCCGUAUCUGAUGUCGCCCUCCGCCGGCAUUCUUAUCGCUUGCCUUUCUUUAUUUCCUCUGUUUCUUUUCUACUUUCCUUUUCUCUUCUUGAAUUGUUUCUCUCUAUUGUGUGAUUACAGUUAAACAUACUGCACUAUGCUCUCCCGCUGCGGUCGUCAGGCCUCGCGCGUUCUCCCGCUCGCCGGGAGCUCCAGAGCUGCUCCUAUCGCUUCCCUCGCAUCUAUUCGCCCCGGAUUUCAUCUUUCCUCCCUCAGAGCCCCGGCGCAAGCCCGGAAUGUCUCCUCGUCGAGUCGGGACUCCCAGCAGAGUUUGCUCUCCGCAUCUCUCGAAGAAGUCGACCCCGCCGUCCACGAUAUUAUCCAGAAGGAGAAAAAACGCCAAAAGCACUUCAUCAACCUCAUUCCCUCCGAGAACUUCACAUCCCAAGCUGUUCUCGAUGCGCUUGGGAGUGUGAUGCAAAAUAAAUAUUCCGAGGGAUACCCCGGUGCCAGAUAUUACGGAGGAAAUGAGUGGAUCGACGCGUCCGAGCGACUUUGCCAACAGCGCGCAUUGGAAGCUUUCAGAUUAAACCCGGAGGAAUGGGGGGUCAAUGUUCAACCCCUCUCCGGCUCCCCCGCAAACCUCUAUGCCCUGUCCGCUCUCCUCAAUACCCAUGACCGCCUGAUGGGUCUUGACCUCCCUCACGGAGGUCACUUGUCGCACGGCUAUCAGACCCCCACCAAGAAGAUAUCCUUCAUCUCCAAAUACUUUGAAACCAUGCCCUACCGUCUUGAUGAGUCCACCGGUGUCAUCGACUAUGACGCCCUCCAGAAGUCUGCCCAGCUUUAUCGUCCCAAGGUCAUCAUCGCAGGUACUUCGGCCUACAGUCAACUGAUCGACUACCCCCGGAUGCGCGAGAUUGCCGAGUCGGUGGGCGCCUACCUACUGAGCGACAUGGCCCACAUCUCCGGUCUGGUCGCCGCUGAUGUUGUUCCUUCGCCGUUUACUCACUCCGACGUUGUUACCACCACCACCCACAAGUCCCUGCGCGGUCCCCGUGGUGCCAUGAUCUUCUUCCGCAAGGGUGUCCGCAGGACGGACAAGAAGGGCAACCCGGAGAUGUACGAUCUGGAGGGUCCCAUCAACUCUUCCGUCUUCCCCGCUCACCAGGGUGGCCCCCACAACCACACUAUCACCGCUCUGUCUGUUGCCCUCAAGCAGGCGCAGACCCCUGAAUUCAAGGCCUACCAGGAGACCGUUCUGACCAACGCCAAGGCUCUGGCGGAGCGCCUGGGAACUUCGCUCAACGACGGUGGCCUGGGCUACAACAUUGUCUCCGGCGGCACUGCCAACCACUUGGUCCUCGUUGACCUGAAGAACCGCGGUGUGGACGGUGCCCGUGUCGAGCGGGUGCUGGAACUCUGCGGCGUGGCUUCCAACAAGAACACCGUUCCCGGUGACAAAUCCGCCUUGCGCCCUGGCGGUCUGCGCCUGGGCACCCCUGCCAUGACCACUCGUGGCUUCCAGCCAGAGGAUUUCCGCCGUGUGGCCGACAUUGUCGACCGGGCGGUGAUCAUCACGCAGAAGUUGGACAAGGCCGCGCGGGAGAGCGCUGCCGAGAAGGGAGUCAAGAACCCGGGCACAGUCAAGGCAUUCCUUGAGUACCUUGGCGAGGGCGAAGAAGUCUCGGAGAUCGUUCUCCUGCGACAAGAAGUGGAAGACUGGGUGGGAACAUUUAGUCUCCCAUGGCAGGAUGAGUGAUUUCCUUUUUCUUUUUCCUUGCUUCUUUUUUAUUCCCUCAAUGAUAUGAUUUGUAUGUUCAACACAUGUAAGGUUAUGAUAAGCACAUGUCCAUGUUACAAUAAAAUUUCAACGACGGUUCACAGCACUCCUUGAUAUGCCAGGGUCACCCCUGUGAUAGGCUGGUUUGCCUUUUCCACAUCGGGUAAACGGUUCCUAUGUCACGUCGAUUGCGGUGUGCAACACGAACACAUGCGAUUGAUUCUAGAAUUGUGAAAGUAUUUCCUAUUGCGGUGUUAAGUGUCGUUAUGUUUGCUCUCAUGCUAUCAGUUCGAUAGCGGUAGUGAUAAAGAAGCCAGCCCUAGC